CACAGUUAUAUCCAUCCUCACAGAUGUGCGGACGGCUAACCACGGCUAGAGUUACCACGGCCAUAAAUAAAAUGACAGAUUGUCAAAUCCAAGCUUUUUUGUUUUUAGUUUUAAUAAUUUUGGGGAACGCAGAAGAUUUGGAUGAAGGAAACGGUAACAGAAACAAGUUCAAUGUGGUUCUAUUUUUGGCCAAAACUAAUACCUGUGAGACUUACAGUCAAGACAGUGGAAUUCGAUUUUUACAAUUUGUUGAAACUAAACGAGUGAAACACUGUGCCACCGGUAUCACCGAAGUCCAGCCAGUGGAGAGCUGCACUUCGCAGGGAAAUGACUGUGAAGAGUUGCUCAAAACGGGAAUUUAUUCCUUGAUUAGUUUUUGCCGAAACACCAUGGGCAUGACCACGGCAGUGGCGUCGGUCGAUAAUGACACCUUCAGUGAUGGUCUCAGAUUCAGAAAAUCAACUUCAGAGGAUUUGGAAAUACGAUUUCACCACCCUAGAAAUAUCCGAAGUCGCCUUGGUGGUUCCCCAAACCAAAAAAACCGACCGGAAUCACACUUAAUCACCCAACCGGAACAUACAGAGGUGUUCAAAAUCCGAUCGAAACGAGAGUUUCACAUCGAUAAUAAUAACAAUCAAGGGAUGACACCGGUGGAUGAAAACGACCCAAACUUUGACAUUUUUGGGAUUAUGGCCAAUAUUAAAUUAACUUUCUUUGGAAAGCUAUUCGAUCAAGACACACCCGCUAACAAAAAACCGAUCGCACAGCUGCAGAAUAAUGUCAUGAACCAAAUAGGAAAAGUCACCGAAAAUUCCCUCUUUGAUUUGGUCAAAGAAACACUGAACAACGUCCAGGACUGUCGAAAUGGGUUCCUCAUGAUUGUGAUAGGAGGUUGCUUGAAGGACGUUUCAGAUAUUUAUUCGCCUUUAAUGCAAAGUGUGAAACACAUUGUCGAGAACACUGACCCACAAAACACUCUUAUUGUCCUGACUGGACAAUGUCCAGGCGGUGAAAAUAAUAACCAACAGUUCACGAUUCCUGUUUAUACCAGAGGUCCUCCGAAAUGUAGCGGAAUCGCGGUUGCGGAACAACUUUAUGACGUGCCCUACGCUAUAAAAAAUAUGUUAACCGAGAAUUACGGAGGCUCGUUCUUCCCAAGCGUCAAAAGCAAAAGAAGCAAACGCAACAUUGACGAAAAACGAAACAGUGCGCCACCCACUCAUCCCUUAUUCCUGUUUCCCCUUUUCCUUGCACUUCUCACAAUUGUAUAAAAAUAAACUCCCCCCAGCCA